CAUGGGUGCCUGAGGCUCAUUGAUGCACAUGCUUCUGGUCCAGUCCCACAGAAGAGCUACUGUAGCACAAAUUGCUGAAAAAGUUAAUGCUGUCUAUGAUAGAAAGAUGUCAGAACAUACAGUGCAGCAGAACAUGCUUGCGUAUGGGGCUGUGUAGAGUCGCAGACCAUACAGAGUGACUAUGUUGACCCCUGUCCACUGCUGAAAGCACCUACAAUUGGCACUUGAGCAUCAGAACUAGACCAUGGAGCAAUGGAAAAAGGUGGCCUGGUCACGUUGUUUUUUCUACAUCAUGUGGACCACUGGGUACACACUGUAUGUGUCGCUUACCUGGGGAUGAGAUGGCACCAGGAUGCACCAUGGGAAGAAGGCAAGUUGGUGGAGACAGUGCAAUGUUCUUGUUUAUGUUCUGUUGGAAAACCUUGGGUCUUGGCAUUCAUGUGGAUGUUUCCUUGACACGUACCACCUGCCUAAACAUUGUUACAGACCAAGUACACCCCUUAUAGCAACAGUAUUCCUAAUGCCAGUGGCCUCUUUCAGCAGGAUAAUCUCAAUCCGAUCGAGGGUCUGUGGGAUGUGCUGGACAAACAAGUCAGAUCAACGGAUGCCCCACCUUGCAACUUACAGGACUUAAAGCAUGUGCUGCUAAUGUCUUGGUGCCACAUACUGCAGCACACCUUCAAGGUGGAGGUCAUGUGGAGUCAAUUCCUUGAUGGGUCAGAGCUGUUUUGGAGGCAAAAAGGGGAUCUACACAAUAUUAGGCGGUGGUUUUAAUGAUAUGGCUGAUCAGUAUAUAAUUUUUUUUACUUUUAGUGUCUCUCUUUCUCUCUCAGAGACGGAGGGACGGCGGUUGAAGGGCAUCCAGAGGAGCACAGAGACAGGAUUAGCUGUGGAGAUGCCCAGUCGCACAGUUCGCCAGGCCAGCCAUGAAUCCAUAGAAGACAGUAUGAACAGCUAUGGUUCGGAGGGAAAUCUAAAUUAUAGUGGCGUGUGUUUGGCUUCAGAUGCUCAGUUCAGUGAUUUUUUGGAUGGCAUGGGCCCAGCACAGUUUGUGGGUAGACAGACAUUGGCCACAACCUCAAUGGGUGAUGUGGAGAUUGGGCUGAUGGAAAGGAAUGGACAGUUGGAGGUUGAAAUCAUAAAGGCUAGAGGACUCAUCAUGAAACCUGGCUCCAGAGGCCCUCCAGCGGCAUACAUAAAAGUGUACCUUCUGGAGAAUGGUGUAUGCAUAGCCAAAAAGAAGACGAAGUCUGUUCGGAAGUCACUGGAUCCUCUUUACAACCAGCUCCUUGUAUUCUCUGAGAGGCCACAGGGAAAGGUUGUGCAGAUCAUUGUUUGGGGAAACUACAGCCGAAUGGAUCGUAAGUGCUUCAUGGGUGUGGCCCGUAUUUUAUUGGAGGAAUUGGAUUUGACAAGCAUGGUGAUUGGCUGGUACAAGCUUUUCCCCACCUCCUCUAUGGUGGACCCCACUAUGGCACCACUCAUUCGCCACUCAUCACAGCUCUCACUGGAGAGCACAGUUGGGCCAUGCUGUGAACGCUCAUAAGACAAAGAACAAAGUUUUUUUUUUUUUCUGUAAGGGCUCUCAAGACCCUUGACUUUAGAGUGCUGCUUGUGCAUGCCUGUAGCAGCCAUCUGGGGCCUACUAGAAUACUUCAGAAUCCUCUAGAACCACCCAGAAAUUUCAGAAAGUAAUCAUACCUAAAGAAGUAUUCUAUUUUAACUGCACUUGGCAGACCAAAAACAUGAUCUGAAGACUGACUGUCAACGAGUUCAUAAUUCACAAUAAUUAAAUUGGAUUUACUUUAUCUGUUCUUCAUUAGAGACCUCUCUGUUUUUAUCAACAUGAGUACAGCUUUGAUGGAGACGAAAUACAUGAUUUGUCUUGGCUUAUUAAUUGUCAUUAAAAGGCAAAAUGUUGCAUCAUUUGUGUUGAACACAGCAAUACAUCACUUUGUAUAUUACCAAUUUGUGUGAAAAAGCAGUGCAGUGGAAAUAUAACCAACGGUUGCUAACAUAUGUCACAGAAAUAAAUUUUUGAGUUAUUGUUAACACAAAAGAAAUGGACAUAAAUUAGAUUAGACAUAAAAAUGCUCGUGUUUGGUACUUGGCUCACUCAUUCACUUGCUGUUUUCCCCUUCUUGUUUUAACUGUGCUGUUCCUUACCUGGCAUUACCUGAAGGGUCAUGCCAUAGAGUGCUGCAGGGAUGAUAUAUUUUAGUAGGCCAACCAGGAGGUUAGCAGCACCCUGGUUCCCUUGACAAAAAUCCAGUACGAUGUUUUGGAUUAUUGCAGAAAAUAAGUUCUGUGACCAACAAAAGUUUAUGAUUUGUACACGUUUUGUUCAUCAAGAUAAUUUUCACAAAAAUAACUUUUAUGAAAUUUGAAGCCUUAAUACAAUCACCACCACCACUAAGCUUCCGAAAGAAUUUGAAAAAAAAACCCCACUACAAUUGGAAAAUACUAUGAAUUGAUAAAUCCACAAGUUGGAAA